ACAUUUUCAAAUGCUCCUUCCACACUGAAUGUGUUCAGUCGCACGCGGAUUUCCUUUGAGUACACACAUUUCAUGGAUCAAGUUGAAUUCUCGUUCAAAUGAUUUUUAAACGUUCAUUUUAAUUAAAUUCGAAUAAAUAAUACACAAGUGUCUGAAAAAAGUGAUGUAAACCAUGGAAUUGAAUAGAAAAAUUCAAAUCGAAAUUUGCAACAUCGAGGACUCGCAGAUGUUUUGGUUCCGUGCAGCGUCCGAUGUGGAAAAAAUUCAAUCGCGUUUGGAAAAAUAUUUAGAAAAAUGUGAUAAGAAACAAAAUUACGCACCGAAAAUUGGCGACAUAGCCAUUGUGAAUGUGUACAAUGAAUAUUUCAUUGUCCGCGUUAAAACAACUGUUGUUUCGAAUCUAGUGAAAGUGUCUAUUCUUCAAAAUGGCCAUAAAGUUUGGGUCAAACCCGAGAAUAUUAUUGAACUGAAAGAUCAGUCAUUGGUUAAUCUGGUGCUCGUUUCAACUCUCCUACGGGGAUCAGUAACUGGUGUUCGACCCGCAGAAUCCAUAUUGAUCAAUAGUAGUCCUAAAACCGUGAAAACUCCGAAGUGGUCAUCACAAAGCAUUCAGAUGCUCAAAGAUUACAUCAAAUUAUCGGCUGUGGUGUAUUUUCAAGCCACCGAAGAGAUUGACAAAAUGCACUUUGGUGGAAUAUUAACAUUUGAAGUGGAUUUUUCAAAAUCGCUGAUCACUGCGAAACUAGCCAUACCUAAAGGAGGUAUUGAUGAUGAAGUUGAUGGAAUUGAACCCGACUUCUUGCUUGGAAAAGAUGUGUCAGAUGACAAUAGUGAUACCCAUCCGAUUAUCAGUAGCAACAGAGGGAGUACACCGAAAGAUUCCAAUUCAUUGGACAAAUCCGACUCAUCUUCACUGGAAAAAUCAGAUUCAUCGUCAUGGGCCAAUGAAAUUGAAGAGUUAAGCGAACAGUCCGAGUUAUCGAAUGGCUCUAGUGACGUGACACAGCCGAGUGAAGAAUACAGUGAAUCGAUAAUCGUGAAUGAAGAAAUUGAAGAAAUGGAACAAUUGAACCGUCUAUUGUUGAAUGUGAAAUUAUCACCAAUAAUGGAACACAGCCGAGAGGACGAUGAACUGACAAUGACAUCGUGUGUUGAUAGCUGUGAUGUGAAUUCGUAUUUGUACGAAAAUAGUGAAACUGAAGAUGAACCCGAACAAUAUGAAUAUGAAUGGUCACAGAGAAUCGAAAAAGAAAGGUCAAUCAAUGCGGAAAAUAAUCUAAAAAGUGUGAUGAUCGAACAUUUACUACGAAAUGCGACUCUAUCAGAGCAAGAGCCAUAUGUGUACAGCGAACAGAAGAAUGAUCCGGAUAAGAAUUUGCCAUACUCCGCGUCAUAUAGCAAAGCUUUGAAACGCCUCAACAAAGAGUAUCCAGUACAAGGAAUUAUUUGGCCAUACCUUAAAUCUGGACGAUCGUCGAUUCUAAUCGGAAAUACCGAUUUUUAUCCACAUUUACUCUACUUGCCGCCAAUUUUCAAUUUGGUUAAGAUGUUGGAAGACCUCACCAAACCAAAAAUCAAAGGACCAAAUGUGGUUAUUUUUGCAUCGAACUGCCAAGAGGCCAAGGAAAUUCGACAAAUUUGCUCCUGUUUUCUCAAAGAGGAUUCCGUAUAUACUGAUGCCGAAGACUAUUCAAUGGCAUUCAAUGAAAGAAAGUACGAAAGAUGUGACAUUUACGUAUCGUUAAUGAGUCGUAUCAGUCAUGAUCCCGAAAACAUUCCCAAAUCCACACAACGGAUUAUUUUGAACAAUUUUGAUUCCAUAUCAAGCGAAAAGCGCCAAAGAAUUGUCAGCUCAGUGCUAAGUCUGGAUGUUAACGUGGUUGUUACAUCUCGACACUACGUUGAGGAGUUACGAAUGUUAUUCGAUCAAAUUCCAAAUGUGUUCGUGUCAAUCGAAUCAUACUUUGACCUCUACUAUUUUUCGUCGAAGAAGAAAGGUUCUCGUGUCACUGAGAUUCGAAUUUUCGACUCGGAUUCAAAGGACAAACAAUUGUUGAAACUUACAGAUAAAAUUUCGUUUUUAAAACCACAUAAAGUCGUCAUCGCAUGCUCCAGCGCUGAAAAAGCCGAAAAUUUAGCGAAAAUACUAUGGUCUGAUUACGCUAUUGAAACAAUUCUGAACCAAAAACCUUUUGGAGGCGCACCAAAAGUCUUGAUCUGCUCUGAUGAUCAACUCGUAAAAUUUGACGUAAGAAAUGCUAAUCACAUCAUUCACUAUGAUCUGCCGGAAAAUUUCGAGACUUUUUGUCGUCGCUAUUCGGUGUUGCGGUCGUAUUUAGACUUUGAGUCCACAAGUACAGUGAAACCAGUGUCAUUUAUUAUGGAGACUUUGGAUUACGAAUUCGAUAAGAAAGUGCGGUUGCUCUUAGUCAUGCUAUUCCGUGAAUAUGGUUAUACUAUCACGCCGCCAAAAUAUAAAAAGGUUCUUCUGGACAAACUUCGUCGAAUGCACUUAGAUGCCCCGUUGUGUUUGAAUAUUACAACCGCGUACACAGAUGUGGGUCAUUUGAUCGAUUGCGAAAAUAGGCAUUGCUUUGACGACUAUGCCAAAUAUGGUGAAUCGGUAUUUCAAGAGCCGAGAACAAGCCAAGUUCAAAUACUUGAAGUAUUUUCACCGGUGUGCUUCUCCGUUCGAAUUUUGAAAUCUAGAGGCACCGAAACAAACGAGUGGCAACAACACUUUUCACCAGAUGCAUUCCGCCAAUUCAACAAAGAAUUCACCAAACUCUACGCAAACGACUUUGCACCCGUCUAUGAUUCGAGUAAGCUAAACGACAAUGCAUUGUAUGUACUGCGAGAUGGCAAUGAGUUUUACCGCUGUCGCAUCUUGACCAAGAGCAACAAUGGAACGCAAUUGCGAGUACGUCUCGUCGACUUUGGAAAAUACUGCGACGCAAAUGUGUCAAACAUUGGUAUUAUGCAAUUGAAUCAUACGCAAUUUCCGCCUCAAUCGUCAGACUUGUGUUUAUUGAAUGUGGUCCCAUGGAACAAAUCACGGUGGGAAGAUUACGAUACAUCUUAUGCAUUGAAUACACUGUUCAGUUGGAAUGAAUUGGGAACGCUUGGCAUAUUUGAAACGAUCAUUCUGUGGGGAGUGCAGCCCGAAAUAAUGUUCGCAUUGAAUCUAUUUGUGCCCGACGACGGUAACUACGUGGAUAUUAUCACACAAAAAGGGAUUGCCGCCAUCAAAAAUAAUAUCGAAGAUUUUGAAGAUUUUUUCCAACAUGCCAUACAACAAAAAAUCCUCACUGUCGACCAACGCAACAAUAUCCAACAAUCUUUACAAUAAGUUUUAAAGUUAUUGUCAAAAAACUUUACCAUAAGUUUAGCAUACAUUGUAUGUGUGGGUUUUUAACGAAAAACUUUUCGAAUAACCACAAAUAAAGCUUGCAUGCUUCUCUUUAUGUCAGUUAGUAAUUAUACGAAAAUGUAACUCUAGUUAACCCUAAGAUCGUGUUUGAGGUCCUCAGCGCAAUGUUCAACUAAAAAACGCAUAAAUUAUAAUCAAACUUUUCAUGAAAAAUUCGCAUUUUUGCAAAAAAAAUUGCUUUUUUCACGUAAUUGAUAACGAAAUGGGAUCUUUAGGAAUAUUGCACUACUUUAUCUACCAUAUAAUUACGCUGAAGACAGAUAUUUCUUAUCUCUUAUCAGUCUUCGUACAAAAUACAUUACUGGCGUUCAGAGCCUCAAAACACGGAAAUAGGUUGGCUACACUAUACACAAUCAUAGGGUUAAGUGAGCGAGUGAGUGCAUAACGUAAAACGUAUGAAGAUGAAUGCAACAAAAACGUGUGCAUUGAAACAAUCGAUUUGAUUCAAUGCAAAGCAUCUUUGCGCUUAUAACAUGAGGAAAUUGUAAGUUGAAAAGAAUGAGAGCAAAAAAAACACAAUGUGGAAAAUGCAGUACACAAAUAAAAAUUACUAUAUUUUACGUUUCUUAUAUAAAA